AUCUAGUUGUUGUUUAUAUGUAACUAUCGAAACGGGCGUUCCAGCUGCACGUUCAAACAAGGUGUCGUUUUGUCAAAACUUGUGUACUGAGACGAUGCGUAGCGAUUUAUUCCGUGAUUAUUUUGGUUUUAUCAACAACAGGGUUCGAAGAAUUACUAGUCUACAGUUCGUUUAAAUCGUGCAGAGAAUGGUGUAUUGUGUAUAGCUUUAGAGCUUUCAACAGCUUACAGAUUUGGACUUGACUUCGUUUUACCAUGCAGGAGAUAAACGUCAAAGUUGCUGUGAGGGUUCGACCCUUGUUAAACAGAGAGAGAUUGAAUGGAGAGAAACGUUGUGUUCGUGUGUUUCCAACCACCAACCAGAUUGUGCUCGGCACAGACAAAGGUUUCACAUUUGACUACGUCCAUUCUGCACAUUCUACACAGAAAGAUGUUUAUCAAAGUGUUGAACCUUUGGUGGAGAGUAUAUUUGAAGGUUACAAUGCCACAGUGUUUGCCUAUGGUCAGACAGGUUCAGGAAAAACUCACACAAUUGGAGGUUUCAAUUUAUCUUCAGUAUCGGAGGAGCAGCAAGGUAUCAUACCUCGAGCUGUUCGACAGAUAUAUGAUAUCAUUAAUUCAAAGGCCAACAUUCAUUUUGCGGUGCGGGUGUCCUACAUUGAAAUCUACCUAGAAGAGUUGUGUGACCUGCUGGAUGUGGACAAUAAAACCUUACAUGUGCGAGAGGAUGAGAAAGGGAAUACUGUGAUAUCCGGUGUCCAGGAGGUAAAAUGUGAAAGCAUGGAAGAUGUGUUUUCCUGUUUGGAGUCUGGUUCUGCAGUUCGUCACACUGGGUUGACACAAAUGAAUGAACACUCCAGCCGAUCACACUCGGUUUUCACCAUUGUUAUAGACCAGAAGUGGACCAAUUCUGACAUUUUCAGUAGCAGACAUUUUGAUUAUCCUACCAACUGUUCAGUAUCGAGUGACCGAGAAAUUUCCCACUGUAUGUCGGCCAAAUUUCAUUUUGUUGAUUUGGCUGGCUCAGAAAGAGCACAUCGCAUUGGUAAUGUUGGUGAACGCUUUAAAGAAUCAGUACAUAUAAAUACUGGUCUUUUAGCUCUCGGCAAUGUUAUCAGUUCACUUGCUGACUCAAAGAAAAAAGCCAAACACAUUCCUUACAGAGAUUCCAAAAUUACCAGAAUCCUCAAGGAUUCCCUUGGCGGCAAUGCUCAGACACUGAUGAUUUGUUGUGUUAGUCCUGCAGUUUCUGGCUUUGAUGAGACCUUGAAUUCCCUUAAAUAUGCUAACAGAGUGAAAGACAUCCGAAAUAAACCCAUCAUUAAUAGAGAUAUCCAGUCAAUUCGAUUUGAGGAGAUGCAGACAGAAAUCCUUAAUUUGCGAGAGGAACUGGCACGUCAACAAACCCGUCUGUUCAGUGCUGGCGAUGGUGAUGGUAACAGCACUAGUGACCUUGACAAAGAGAGAUUUUCAACUCAGAGCAGUAACAUAAAGGAUAUGGAAGAGAAAAUUCUCAGACUGCAAGCAGAGUGCCACCAUUAUCAGCAAUUAUCAGAAGAGGCCUACAAACAACUGCUGCAAAUACAGGAACGAGAUAUUCUAUCUAAAAGCCAGAACCUUUCUUUAAAUGAUUGGUUAGAGUUGAGAGAAGAGAUCAUGAAGAAUGUCACAUCUUCAGUCAAUAUAACUGAAUAUUGGAAUAAACAGAAAAUAGAAGAACUUCAAGCUGAUAUCAAGAAGUGCCAGGAGCAACUAUCAAGUGAUGAGGAAAUAUUUAUUCAGAUGACAAAAGAGAAUAACUUGCUGAAGGAAAAAUUAAAAGAAAUGACUGAAUCCUUGCAAGAAAAAGAACACAUUUUGGCACUUUCUGAAGAGAAAGUCAAACAGCAACAACAACAACUUCUCGAACAACAAAUACAACUUGAUGAAAUGAGGAAUUCCCUAAAGACUCCACCUAGUUGUGAAGAUGUUCAGACAAUUGAAAAACUCCACAUCCGUCCUCAGACUGUACCUAUACAAUAUAGCAGCCUGACAUAUCUUCGUCCUCCUUCUCGCCAAAUACACACAAGUCCGGCCCUCUUUUCCUUGGAACGGAUUAUGCAGAACUUCCGUGCCCGCAGUCAGUUGUUGGUUGUGAACUUAGAAGAUGCUGAUGAAGUCCUUCAACUCAGCUUUGAUGACAUUGGCCAAGGAGAUGACAUGUCUUUGGAUAAAAUUCAGUCUGAAACAUUCAAGAAAAAUCAUUCUGAAAUCAAGCGGCGGUCGACAUUUAAAGUGGGAAAGUUAAGGUCAGACCAACAGGACACUUUUAAAGAGAUUUCUUGCGACCAAGAUGCCAUCACAUGUGAAGUUUCCAUUCAACACCUUGAAAUGUCCAUCACACGGAGUAGACAACAAUUGUCUUCGUCCAGUUCCAUUGAAGAGGAACCACAGAAUGAGAUGACAGAAGCAGAUGCGAAAAUGCUUGAAUCCAACCAAAAACUGUCCAAUUUGGCUUCUAAUAUCCGGAUGAAAGAACAGUUUAUUCGAGAACUUGUUAAGAAAGGUAAAGAUGCGACAUCACUAAACAGACAAUAUGUACAGAAAAUUAAGGAACAGGAAAAGGAAAUGGUUAAAUUGCAAAAGGAUUUGUCUGAAACCCGACGAAAUCUGCAGGAUUUGGAAGGUAGGGGACAGAGUGAUGAGACCGACGAAAAAAAGAUGUAUUUGAAGAAGAUUGAGGAUGCUGAACAGAAGAUCUCUACUUUGAGGAAGCAACAGAAGGAAACGGUCAAAGUUGCCAACAUUACGUCACAAAAUGAGAAAAAAAUUGAAGACUUGAAACUGUCUGUACUGAAAAUGAAGCAACAACAUGAGACUUUGCAGAGAAAAUUAAAAGAAGAACAUGACAAGAAAUCUAAAAUAGAGCGAGUGAUGCAGCGAGAGAAAGUUCGUGUGAAGCAACUGGAACAGCGUAACCUCCAGCAGCAGAAAAUCUUGAAAAGGAAGAACGAGGAAAUUGCUCAAGCUCAGCGUAAACUACGUGGUGCUUCCUUGCCUCGAAUUAACAGUGGUAACCAUGACUCGAUGGAGGAGAAGAAACGGCAGCUGGACCUUGAAGUUGAGAAAAUACUAGACCAGCGCCAACAGCUUGAAGAACUUCAGAAGGAACUGCAAAGAAAAGAAGACAUAAUCAGCAACAGGGAAGCCAUGUUGGUUGAGAAAAGUGAAUUGGAAAUCAAGAAAUUGCGGUCAAGUCAGAUUAUGAAUAAGGAUUUGAUGGGUUUGUCUGCAAAACUGGUGUCAGUUGAAAAGACGAUAGAGACCAAAAAGCUGGAGAUGAUCAAAGCGUCCCAAGACCAGGAAGAGACUGUACAGAAAGAAAUCGAUAAAUUAAAGCAGGUUCGUACCAAUCUUAAGGAGCAACUGGCAACCCUUGAUGAAAAACUGACUGAUGGAUGUUUGCUUAGUAAUCAAGAGGAGAGACGGUUAAUAGAGCUAGAGGAGGCUGUUGAAGAACUUGACGCUGCCAUUGAGUAUAAGAACAAGACCAUCGAAAGCAGGCAGAUGGAACUUCGGCAAUCUUGGUUCUCUGUGCAGCGUGAGGGUGGGAUCUUGAGUUUAUUCAACACCCUCAACCCGCAAGAAAUGAUGUUGCUGCUGAUGAAAUAUUUUGAGAAAGUCAUCAACUUCCGUGACAACGAGCGCAAGUUGUCUCACAAAAUGAAUGAGUUUCAGAGCAGAAUCGAAGAACAAGACAAGUUACUCCAUGAAGCUGAAAACCAUCACCAGAGGGCCAGUUUUGACAUUGACCGUAGACUCACUCAGCAGCAGCAACGGUAUGAACAGAAAAUUGGUGUACUAAUGCACCAGUUGGCACAGAUUAAUGAAAACAGUGAAGACACUGUUAAAGAAGAACCCCAUGCCAAGUUACGCAGCUUGGAAAAGGAGUUGUACUACUACAAGAAAACCAGUAGAGAUCUGAAGAAGAAGCUACGGGAUAAAGAAAGUACAUCACUGUGUCAAUCAGAAGAUCUUGGCCCAAAACUCGUUAAGUCAAAAGAAUUUCCUAGGUGCAAGUCUUCCACUACAAACAGGAACUCGGUGGUCAGCUUUUCACCAAGCAGCCAACACAACCAAGAACUUCCAAGUCAGCAGCCGGAAUUAUUCUGUGAGAAUAAUAAAACCGAUCAGUCUGGGACUAAACCAGUUGUUGCUACUUCACUCCAGUUUUUAGAUUCCUUAGAAGUUAACUCCAGUGGUUGAGAAUGUUCAAGAUCCAUGUUCUGGUGAGAUUGUUUAAGGGUUUAUACCUUAAAAGGGUUCGCUUGUAAAUUACUGCUGAUAUUUCUUGACUGGAAGAUGGAGCAUUAACAUUUCAAAAACUUGCAUCAUUGAGCAAAAUGCCUUCUGGUUCUUUAGACAAGACAACAAUAUAAUAUGAAACUUUACAGCCGUGUUUAGACAGACUGACAGUGGAUUACAUGAUGUCUAGAACCAGUGGAACUCAGAGAAACACACACACACGUAUAUAUGUAUAUACAUCUGUGUGUGUGUUUGUGUGCAUGAUGAAACAUUCAGUAGGAUAUCAUUUCAUUGUAAAAUAAUCACCAUUAUAUAAUAAAUCAUUUUGUAAAAUACAUGUUGAACAAAUAAUGUUGCUUGACAUCAAUGUUGACUUAAGCAAGCAUUUAAAACAUUGGAGGGUGCUGUAGUUUCAUAAGAAAAAAAUAGUAUAAAAUAGACUUUGAUAUUUUGCAUUCAGAAAA